ACUGACAAACCGACGGGCCAAUGGAAGUGAGCGGGCGGUCUCCGUAGUGACGGGCGGGGAGGAUAUCCGUUGCUAGGGGCGGAAGCGGCUGGCGCUGUUGAUGGUAGAGGGAAGCCGCUGACAUGACGGGCUGCAGGAGCGGAUAGAGCGGCACAGGGCAGCGGUGUGACUGGGGAAGAGGCCCUUCUCUCCGGCGGAGGACAUGAGAUAGCGGAGCGGCAGAGGUUGAUCCUCGAGAAGAGACGCGCUUUGUCCGGAGGUGAGAUGAUGCAUCCUUUCUGGAACAUGUCGUCAUCAUCUGUAAGAAAGAGAUCGGAUAAUGAGGAGAAGAAUGUAACCGGAGACCAAAAAAUCAGCCCUCCGCGCUCCUCCUCAAACAAAAAACAGCUCCCUACGAUCCCGAAGAACGCAGUCCCCAUUACCAAACCCAUUUCUCCAUCCGCCACCGUACAGUCCACCAACGGGACGCACGCCUCCUACGGCCCUUUCUACCUGGAGUAUUCACUUCUGGCAGAAUUUACGCUGGUGGUGAAGCAGAAGCUCCCUGGGGUCUAUGUGCAGCCUUCCUAUCGCUCUGCAUUAGUGUGGUUUGGAGUCAUAUUCAUAAGGCAUGGACUGUACCAGGACGGUGUAUUUAAAUUCACAGUAUACAUCCCCGAUAAUUAUCCCGAUGGUGAAUGUCCGCGUCUUGUGUUUGACACCCCGGUCUUCCAUCCUCUCGUUGAUCCCGUUUCAGGAGAGUUGGAUGUGAGAAGAGCGUUCGCAAAAUGGAGGAGAAACCACAAUCACAUAUGGCAAGUGUUGAUGUACGCAAGAAGAAUUUUCUACAAGAUCGACACAACCAGCCCCUUAAAUCCAGAAGCUGCGGUACUAUAUGAAAAGGAUGUACAGCUCUUUAAGAGUAAAGUGGUAGACAGUGUUAAACUAUGCAACAGCCACCUUUUCGAUCAGCCGAAGGUAGAAGACCCCUAUGCAAUAAUGUUUUCUCCUUGGAAUCCAGCAGUACACGAUGACGCCAGAGAAAAAAUGCUGGCGCAAAAAAAGAAAUCGGAAGAGAAUAAGACCCUCCACGUCUCCGGCUUAUCCUGGGUGAAGCCGGGAUCUGUCAUGCCGUUCAGCAAAGAGGAGAACGCACUGCAAACCUAGCGCCGGCUACACAUGGGACAGUAUUGGGAAACAGGUGGACUGCAAUGACACUAUAAUGGGGGGGCUGUGACCGCAUUGGAAGAAGAUUGGGAGGACUUCUCUCCUUCUCCAGAUCAAGCUUUUGAUUUUAUCCCCUUUUUUUUUUUUUUGGAUUUCCUACACAGAUUAGGAUUUUAACUCUUUACGGUUUUUAAUUCUGCUCCUGGGUGAAAGGAGCAGCUGCCCGUCUGAUACCCGGAGGAGGAGCUGAGUCUGCAGGAAAUGGUCCCUAGUCGGGGUGGCCUUGUUUUAGGGGGGGGCGCUCUGGGAAACGCAUGCAUGCUUAUGUCUUCAGCUUGCCUCAUCAGAGCUUUACUGGCAGCGGGGUAGUUGUAAUACCCCUCCCCCCUUAUUUUAUUGGAUGUACCUGUUGAGGGUUUUUUGGCUUGCUGAAUUUUGACUUGGGAAUCUUUGGUGUACGGAAUAUUAACUACAUUUUGAUAAACUAUACACUACAUUAACACAUCUGUAGUAUAACUUUGUUUUAAAAAAUGCAUUUUUUUUUUUGUGUGUAAAUACAGUUAGAAUAUUAAAAUUGUAAAUAUCGUGUUUGGUAACUUCACAUCUAGCACUUUUGGAGGGAAGAUUUGAAAGAUUAUCUGGUUUUGAAACUGGUCUUAAUUUUUUUUUUUUUUUUUUGAGGGGGGGGUCAUAAGUGAGCUGAAAGUGUGGUAGUGAUAUGAUUUUUAUAUGGCAUUCUCCAUGGUGAAACCUGAGACUCAAAACUAUUUUAAACCAGAACUAAUCCCAUCAAUGUAAUGGUUUAUA